CCCCCCCCCCGCCCCACAACCCCUUCCCGCCUUCUCAGGACCCCCACGGCAAGAUGUGGACCCGCCUGCCCGUCCUCGCCCUCCUGGUCACCGCCUGGGUCCACGCAGAGGAAGAGCCGAAGAGCAAAUCGAAAAUCUGUGCCAACGUUUUCUGCGGGGCAGGCCGCGAAUGCGCCGUCACUGAGAAGGGGCAGCCCUCCUGCCUCUGCAUGGAGCAAUGCAAACCUCACAAGAGGCCCGUGUGCGGCAGCAACGGAAAGACUUACCUCAACCACUGCGAGCUGCACCGUGACGCCUGCCUCACCGGCUCCAAGAUCCAGGUGGACUACGAUGGACAGUGCAAAGAAAAGAAGCCGACGACUCCGUCUUCAAGUCCAGUGGUCUGCUACCAGUCUGACCGCGAUGAGCUCCGGAGACGCAUCAUCCAGUGGCUGGAAGCUGAGAUCGUCCCCGACGGCUGGUUUUCCAAGGGCAGCAACUACAGUCAAGUCUUAGACCGCUACUUCAAGAACUUCGACAACGGAGACUCCAGCUUGGACUCCAGUGAGUUCCUGAAGUUCGUGGAGCAGAACGAGACCGCCCUCAACAUCACCACUUACGUGGAUCAAGAGACCAACAAGCUGCUCAGGGGCCUCUGCGUCGACGCCCUCAUCGAGCUGUCGGACGACAACGCCGACUGGAAGCUCAGCUUCGCCGAGUUCCUCAAGUGCCUCAACCCUUCCUUCAACCCACCUGAGAAAAAGUGCGCCCUGGAAGACGAAACGUACGACGACGGGGCUGAGACCCAGGUGGAGUGCAAUCGCUGCGUCUGCGCCUGCGGCAACUGGGUGUGCACCGCCAUGGCCUGUGACGGGAAAAAACGAAAAGGGGGGCAGCAGCAGCCGGCGGACGUGGAGCUGACCGAGGAAGAGCUGGCCAGAUACGUCCAGGAGCUUCAGAAGCACCAGGAGACGGCUGAAAAGACCAAGAGAGGAAGCAGCAAAGACAUGUAGCCGAGCCCGCCAGCUUCCGAAGAGGGGGUGAGGUGGCUUGGCCCUGCCCCUUUCCCUUCCGACGUCAGUAUUCCGGACCGUCUGCUUCAGCCGUCCAGCCACCGAUAUUUACAGUGUAUAGCGAUGAGUUUUGUUUUGUUCUACUUGUUUUGUAAUAGAGAAAAAGCCAGGCCCCCCCAGGCCGGACGUGGCGGAGGGGCCCUCGAGCUAGGAAGUGCAAUAGGAAGAGCGGGAAGCUGGGGCGCGGCGGGUUGUCUUCUGCUCCCGCAACUCCCGGAGUCGUCCACACCCGACGGGCCGGAUCGAGGCUGGGGGUGGGCGGGGUGGCGAGUCCUGGACCCGCUAACUAGCCAACGCCACGUGACCCCUGCGGCCCCCUUCCUGCCCCCCAAACCGCCGGUCCGGUCCCGCUCGGGACCAGGCCACAUUCCCUGUCCCCUUCCGUCCCCGCCACGGCCCCCACUCUCGCUCACCGCGCCCCCCCCCGCCUUCUCCGCUCUCCAUUUUUGACUUUUCACAAAGGUGCUACGAUCGCUGAAGACCCCGCGAGGAGUGGACUCCCCUGUUCAGACCGUCGGUGGUGUUAUUUUUGUUAUUUUGUUUCCUCAGAGACGAAGGUUUGGUACUUCCCAGCGGUCCCUAGGUUUGGGGGAGGGCGUGGGCGGAUGAGGGUUAUUUAAGGCAUCGUGGUCAUCGCUGUAGGUCCGAAAAUGGCUCUGGCCUAGGACGAAGACCCCUCCACCCUCCCAGAUCAGCUGCCCCCGAUUUCUCCCAGCUUCCCGGAGGUGAAGGCGGAGGGAGUCGGCCUUAAGCGCUUAGUACAGUGCUCUGCACACAGUAAGCGCUCAAUAAAUACGAUCGAAUGAAUGGAGGGAUACGUGGGGCGGGGAAGACGGCGAGGGCAGCCAGCUGGAAACCAGUAACGAGGGGGGCUUUAACCAAUCACCUUCUACCCCCCUGACACCAUUCCCAACGCUGCCCGGAUUGGCCUUUCCGAAGGUCCCGCUCUCCCCGCUCCCAAUCCGGGAAGACUUUCAGAGCCAAAGGACUCAGGAAACUGGGAAACCAGGGGACCCACUGACAUCCACCGGGUCCCCGGCUGCUGUUGCUGUCACCCCUCCCCGAGUGGACCCUAGAUAGCCCGGCCACCUCUUCUCUUUCACCCUCACGGACAGGAAGCAACGUUCCACGUCCCGUCCCGCCAAUCCUUGCUGCGGCGGGGAUCUCCAACCCGAGGCCGUGGGGUGGUCCUACCUCAAGGCCCAGAGUUGGGGGGCUAUAAUCCAGGGGCGUCUGGUGCCAGGAUCCCAGGGAACCGGGCAGAGAGAGCGUGACAUCUCUGAGCGACCGAUGUCAUCUUGCAACCAAUCCCCGGAGUCCGGCGGGAGGGCGGGGAGGUCGAGAGUGGGAUCACACUUCCAUUCCCCUCGACCUCGCUGGGAAGUGAAACCAGGCUCUUCUGCCCCAUCACUGCCCGGAAGGGGAAGUCAGGGCCCCCAAAGGACUUUGCGGGGCCAAGGCAGGAGGACUCUCUUUGGAGGUUGCCCCCCAGCUCCUCUUCCUAUGGGUUUGGGCAACUUCAACCCCAGAGGACUCGGCUUGUCCGAGAACACCCCUCCUCUCUCCCUCCUCCUCCCCCCAGCCCCAGGGUCUCCGUGACCAAGUGCCUUAGAGAACCCGGGACAGCCUAUGCCUUAACCCAGUUCCCAGUUCUCACUCGCGGGAAAGGGGUUCCGCUUCCCAAAACCGAGGCCCCGCGGAGUUGGGGAGCAGGGGUCCGGCGGUGAGGUGGCAGAGCCGCGUCCCACACGGCAGCCGAGGAGACUUCAGGCCGCACCGUGGGUGGCCCAUCUGAAGGGCCACCCACCGAUCCAUCCGCAGCAUUUACGGAGCGCCUGCUGUGUGCUGAGCGCUUGGGAGAGGGACACGGUGCCUGUCCUCCAGGAGCUUCCAGUCUACUGUGCACGGAGCCCUGGACACCAUGCUCGGGAGGGUACAAUAGAGGUAGCAUGCACGGAUCCCCGCUCUCGAGGAGCUCACCGUCUAGCGGGGAAGACAGACCCAAAAUAAACCGCAGACAGGGCACAGACCCCCGGGGGUCUGCUGUUGGACCACCAAGCUCGGAGAAACCACAUAAGAACCACUUUCCCCGGAGGGGUGGCGUCUCAGCGAGGGGGUCCGUGAAAUGUAACCGUCACUCGGGGGGGACGGCGGGGAGCUUCCUUACUGCAUUUAUCCUACUAUUUGUUUUUUAUAAUGCCUGAUAAGUUUGUUUUUCUUUUUUGGAUAUAACAGCCAAAUAAAAAAGGUAAACCAGG